CUCCCUCAUUAUCUAAUGGUCCAGCUGCCUCCCUAGCAGGUUUCCUGUAUCUGACGUAUUUAAAUAAGUUUUUCUUAUUCCCCUUGAUGCUUUUAGCUAAAUGUUCUUCAAAUUCUCUUUUUGCCUCCCUUAUUGUCAGCUUGCAUUUCUUUUGCCAGAGUUUGUGUUCCUUUCUGUUCUCAUUUUGGGCAGGCCUUCCAAUUUGAGAAGGAAGUCUUCUUCCCUUUUAUGGUUUCCCUGACAUUACCUGUUAGCCAUGCUGGCAUCCUCCUGGACUUAAUUAUUGUUAAUUAAUUAAUAUGAGCUUUUUAAAUUUUUUAUUUUAUUUUUACAUUUAUAUUCCACUCUUCCUUCAAGGAGUCUAGAGUGGUGUACAUGGUUAUGUUUAUCCUCACAACAACCCUGUGAUGUAUGCUGAAAGAGAAAUGACUGGCCCAGAGUCACCCAGAGUUUCCUGACUGAAUGGGGAUUUGAGCUUGGGUCUCCCUGGUCUUAGUCCAAGCACCACACCACAGAAGCUCUCGUAUGUUGCUCAUGUGUCCAGCUCAUAUGUUGCUCAGCAGGCCUCAAGGGAUUUCACAUUACUGGGGUCAUGAGGAUAUAAGAAGAGACUUGCUGGAUCAGGCCCGAGGCCCAUCUAGUCCAGCAUUGGUGGCCAGAUUUGGCUUUUAAAAAGCCAAAUUCUGGCUUACAGCCCAUUUGACCCACGAGUAUACCCCUUAGGUUUUGGCAACUCUGGCAUCCUGUUUCCCACAGUGGCCCACCAGAUGUCUCUUAGAAGUUCACGGGUAAGAGCUGAGGGCAUGCCCUUUCUCCUGCUGUUGCUCCCCUGCAACUGGUACUGAGAGGCAUCUUGCCUCUGUGGCUGGAGGUGGCCCACAGCCACCAGACUAGUAGCCAUUGAUAGCCCUGUCCUCCAUGUAUUUGUCUAAGCCCCUUUUAAAGCCAUCCAAGCUGGUGGCCUUCACCACAUCCUAUGGACCCAGUAUUUUAAAGAAACAUGAGAGCCUGACUUUCUUCUGGGGCCAGCGCAUCUGGUAGAUAUUUUUAAGAUGAAAAGAAUCUAUAUAUUUAAUUCUCCUGGGUGCGCCUUGGAAUGUGCGUCCUGCCGCCCAGCUGAUUGGCUGCGUGGCAGAGGUGCCUAAUUUGCUGAGGUGCACUCAGGAGGACUGGUUGCCGUGGUGGCGGUGGGCCUGGCCAUGGAGGCCAGAGGCGGUGGCGGUCCCGGCCGCAGAGGCAAGGCCCAGGAGCGGGGGAAAGAAAGUGUGGAGGGGGCAGAAGUGGCGGUGGGGAGGAGCGGUGACUGGGCCCGGCACAGGCCAGCUGUGGUCAGGAAGCAGAGACUGGGGCAGAAGGUGGGGGGCAAGAGGUAACUGCCGGCCCCAAAGAGCGCACAGAUGCUCUGUGUGGGGUUGGCUAGUAUAGACCUAUUACAUAAUAAUGAUCUCAAUAAAUCACGCCAGGUUGCUUACCUGUAACUUGGGUUCUUCUAGUGGUCAUCUGCGCUCUUAAACACGAAUGGGCUUUGCGCCUGCGCAGAGACCUUGUUGGAGUCUCUCCAAGUUCAAAAACUCUCCAGCCGGCAGCUCCUCCCGCUCUGUGAUAUGCGCAUGUCCCUUUGGUUCCAUGCUCAGUCUCUGAGGCUGAAGACCUGUCAGAGAAGGACUGAAGAGGGGAGGAUGGGUGGGCAUGUAAGGGCAUUUGGUGACCACUAGAAGAACCCAAGUUACAGGUAAGCAACCUGAUGUUCUUCGACGUGGUCUCUGUCCUUUUCACGAAUGGGCGCAUAGCAAGCUGCACCCAGUGCAUUUCUUACCUGGUGGUGGGAAUCUCAAGCAAAGAGAGACUGCAAGACUGCCGCACCGAAGGCGGCAUCCUUGCGAGAGCGCACUUCCAAAGCAUAAUGGCGCAUGAAAGAGUUCGCAGUAGCCCAAGCAGCGGCUUGGCAGAUAACAUCCAGGGGAACAGCACGAUCAAAGGCAGUAGAGGCGGCAACCGCUCUGGUUGAAUGGGCUUUAGGAGUGACAGGACCAGAAUGUGCAACGAACAGAGCCUGAGAAAGACGCCAAGGGACAAUACGGUGGACACAGAAGGCCAAGGCCCUUCGGACAUCAGGGAAUGAAGACGACAUUGUGCAGAGUCCGUAGGAUUUGGAAAAAAGACCAGUAAGGUAUGUGCGGCAGACCAGAGGAGAUUAAAAAUGCACAGAUGGAAGCCAACGGGCCGUGGUACAAUGGCACCAGAAUCCGAUACUCAUGUGCAAAAGGCUACAAGAGGAAAGCUGGCACAUCCAACCUUAUCGUGUGCAGGCAAAAUAAAAGCAUGUUUGAGUGGUCCCUGCCAAAUCUAACCUGUAUUAGAGAUCCAUCAACGACUGACCCACCGAACACAACAGAAGACUUCAGAAAAGAAACAGAGACUUCCACACCAACUAGACAGCCAGCAACUCCAAAGUCUAGUGUAGAUCCAGUUAUUAUGGUCUCCCCAUCCCGCUAUGGAAGCAAGAGAGCCUCGCAGCCACCCCCUGGAAGCACCACCACUGUACCGCUCACGACUGCAGCACCCUCGUCGAAUCUACCGGUCAUGACAACAGCUGCGGCCGCCACCACAGAGGGCGGUGAAUGUGCUGCUCGCGGCACAGUCACUGAAGGCAGAGUACUUCCCGGGAGAACCGCCACGCAAGAUCCACAGCCCAAGACGAGCAAGCCAUUGCCAGAGACUCAGACAACAGGCAACAGAUGGACAGCUGUGCCCUCCAGAGGGACCACAGGACACACCACGCAGCUGGAUGGUGGCAGCAGUCCGGCUGGGCAGUCAGGAUCUCCUGGCAUUCGGAUUGCGUUCACUUGCACAGUGGUGCCUUUCAUCGUCAUCAUCUUAGGCUUGUUAUUGUGGUGUUUCUAUAGGAAAAACAGGGAUAUUCCAGGAACAGUUCCCCCUCUGGAAGAAAUUCCAAUGACUUCAAAGGGGUCAGAAGAAAGAAGCCAGAUGAUCGCAACCGCCAGUUAUUUGGAUGAUCAAGGACCCUGCAGAGAAGGUGAUCAGGCAUUAUUGCCCCAAGAUGUUCCUUCCACUGGCUGAAGAUACCAUUGGGUGAAACAUUAAGAUGUCCUUGAUACUUGAAGAGGAGGAAAACCAGCAGAGCAGAAAGUUGUCAGGUAGUCAGUGCUCAACUUCAGGCUGUAAACUGAACUGAUUGACCAUCACAAAGUAUUUCAAAGGAGGCCUGGGAAUUACAUGACAGAACCUCACUGCUCUGACUGAGCUUGACCCGUUUCCUUACGUGGAUUGAGAACAAAGUGCAUUUUGAUGUGGGAAUUCCUACCUCACUUGGCUGUCUCUCAGGUCUUCUUUUAAAGGGCAGCUUGUUUUCAAAGGAGAAUGGAGAAAUACAGACAACCAAAAAAGUGCAAGAAGAAAGGGAGCAAGAGGAUGAAAUUAGGAGUUGAGAUGCUGGAGGAAAGGUCCCCUUUGGAGCAGUGAUCAGAAGAAGAAAGCUUCACUUGAAGAAAAGGGCAUGGCGGAGAAGUGAGUGAAGUCCAUUUGGGCUGGAGAUGGAAAGGUGAAAUGAAUGACAGAAUCAUCCAGCCAGAAUGAAGAUACCUUGGGACAGAACUGUCAUCUGGUUGGGGUGAUAGUGUUGUUUUGCGAUCUGAAGGGAGAAGGAAGACUGAGUCGAGGCAGUACUGAUUACUGAUGCUGUGUUGGUUUGUUCAUCUCUUGAACUGAAAUAGCUGUUCCAGGGUCAGGAAGACAAAAGGUACGAUUUGCCAUGACGUCCUGAGCAAACCCCAUUGAAGUGAACAAGAGAUACGCACGAGUUCUACUGGGCUCUUAAGAACUGUUGGAGAUGCAGCUCCUGAUGGCAUCGUCUCUUAGCACCAGCAGCCCUGUUGGUCACUAGGUUUCAUUCUUUCACCUGGAGAGAGAGACUUCCUUUUUCUCCCUCCUCUUUUCCUGUAUGUAGCUAGCAACAAGGCAUGUAGGCCUUAUCUAUCUCCCUGAUUGAUUUCCUUAAUAAACUACUUUUUAAUUAGAGCGGAAUAUAAAUGUAAAUAAAUAAACUUCAACUCCA